GUCUAUUCUGACACACCCCAGUCCAAACUAAUAUAGGACCCUCUUUCUCUCUCUAUAUAUCCAACAAUACAUAACCCCGUCACCCUCAUGAACAAGUAACGUUCAUGGUUUCGUAACUCACACUAACUCUCUCUCACCAUUUUCUUUUUCUUCCUCGUCGUUUCUCAUCAACCAAAUAACACAUGGCCAAUUCAUUGGGAUCAAUUCUUUUUCAGAAUUUUACCAGCAAGAAACCCAAUAAAUCUCUCCCAAGACUCUACUUUUUCACCUUCACCACCUUUCUCUGCAUUUUCUUUUACCUCCUUGGCCUCUGGCAAAACUCCCCCGCCGCCAUCUCCGGCAAAACUCGCUUCUCAGCUACCACCUUCCAUCCCGAUUGUCCACAAACCAACUCCACAUCCACCUCCAUAACCAUCCCAAUAUCAUCCUCCAACGCUCUUGAUUUCUCCGCUCACCACCAGAACCCCGAACCAUCGGAAACUUCAGCGCGUGUAAUCCACGCUCCGGUAUGUGACGUCAAGCUCUCGGAGUACACUCCAUGUGAGGACGUGCAGAGGUCGUUGAAAUUCCCUCGGGAGAGUUUAGUGUAUAGAGAGAGACACUGUCCGGAAAAGAAUGAGAUUCUCCAGUGUCGUAUUCCGGCGCCGUUUGGCUACCGUGUUCCACCGCGGUGGCCGGAGAGCCGUGAAUGGGCUUGGUAUGCUAAUGUACCGCAUAAGGAGUUGACGAUCGAGAAAAAGAACCAGAAUUGGGUCCGGUUCGAAGGGGACCGGUUCAUGUUUCCGGGUGGUGGGACCAUGUUUCCACGUGGGGCUGGUGCAUACAUCGACGAUAUAGGAAAACUCAUUAACCUGAAAGAUGGGUCCAUCCGAACCGCUAUAGAUACCGGUUGUGGGGUUGCAAGUUGGGGAGCUUAUCUUUUGCCACGUGACAUAAUAGCAGUGUCAUUUGCACCAAGAGAUACUCAUGAAGCUCAAGUUCAAUUUGCUCUUGAACGAGGAGUUCCUGCAUUGAUUGGUGUUCUUGCCUCAAUUAGGCUUCCUUAUCCUUCAAGAUCCUUUGACAUGGCUCAUUGUUCGCGUUGUCUCAUUCCAUGGGGCCAAAGUGAUGGAAUUUAUUUGACUGAAGUUGAUAGAGUUCUACGUCCCGGAGGGUAUUGGAUUCUAUCAGGGCCGCCGAUUAAUUGGGAGGUCCAUUGGAAAGGGUGGGAGAGGACUCGUGAGAGUCUCAAUGAAGAACAGGUUUCAAUUGAGAGAGUGGCGAAAAGUCUAUGUUGGAAAAAACUUGUACAGAAGGGUGACAUUGCAAUAUGGCAAAAACCUACGAAUCAUAUGCAUUGUAAAAUAACAAGAAAGGUCUUCAAGAAUAGACCCUUCUGUAAUGCAGAAGAUCCUGAUUCAGCAUGGUAUACGAAAAUGAAUACAUGUUUAACACCACUUCCCGAAGUAACCGACAUAAAAGAUGUUAGUGGUGGAGGAUUAACUAAUUGGCCUGAGAGACUAACAGCAAUUCCACCAAGGAUUAACAGUGGAAGUUUGAAAGGAAUCACAGCUGAGAUGUUCAAAGAAAAUACCGAGUUAUGGAAGGAGAGAGUUGCAUACUACAAGACACUAGAUUAUCAGCUAGCAGAACCCGGGAGAUUCCGUAAUUUGCUUGAUAUGAAUGCUUACUUGGGAGGCUUUGCAGCUGCUAUGAUCGAUGAUCCAGUUUGGGUCAUGAAUGUUGUUCCCGUCGAGGCCGAGAUCAACACCCUCGGCGUUGUUUUUGAACGCGGAUUGAUUGGAACUUAUCAGAACUGGUGUGAAGCCAUGUCCACUUAUCCUCGAACCUACGACUUCAUACAUGCUGAUUCUGUUUUUAGCCUCUACGAGAGCAGAUGUAAAAUAGAGGACAUUCUUCUCGAGAUGGAUAGGAUUUUGAGGCCACAAGGCAGCGUCAUUAUACGCGAUGACGUCGAUGUGUUGUUGAAAGUGAAGAGAUUUUUAGAUGCAAUGCAAUGGGAUGGUAGAAUUGUAGAUCAUGAAAACGGGCCACACCAAAGAGAAAAGAUAUUAAUAGCAGUUAAAAAGUAUUGGACAGCACCACCACCUGAUAAAAAUCAACACAGAAAGCUUUAAUUUGAUUUUCAUUUUGGACGUGUGUCUUUUUGGUUUUUCAUGUCUACAUAAUUUCAGGAACUUUAAUUAUUCUUUUCCAACCCAGUUUAUGUGGGUUUUUGCAUAGUGAAAAUUUCAUUAUAGCCAUUAUUGCCCCAAAAAGAUUGUUUGGGGCUUAUCUAUCUAUGUAUCUAGUUUGCAAAGUGAAAAUUGUCUUGAAACAAUACAUUGUCGCAUGUAAUCGAUCAAUAUAUAAAAAAGAUAAAUCUAUUGUCAGUUUCAAUCUUAAA